AUUGGCUGCGGCCGCGUGACCCGGAAGUGGGAGCGCUUCGGGGGCUCGGUGUGGUGACGGCGGCUGCGGGUAGGAGUCUCAGAGCCAGAGCGCGUCGCUAGGAUGAACGCUCCUCCGGCCUUCGAGUCGUUCUUGCUCUUCGAGGGCGAGAAGAAAAUCACCAUUAACAAGGACACUAAGGUGCCCAAUGCUUGCUUGUUUACCAUCAACAAAGAAGACCACACUCUGGGGAACAUCAUCAAAUCACAGCUGCUGAAGGACCCACAGGUGCUGUUUGCCGGCUACAAAGUCCCUCACCCCUUGGAGCACAAGAUCAUCAUUCGUGUGCAGACCACCCCAGACUACAGUCCCCAGGAGGCCUUCACCAACGCCAUCACAGACCUCAUCAGUGAGCUCUCUCUUCUGGAGGAGCGAUUCCGGGUGGCCAUCAAGGACAAGCAAGAAGGAAUUGAGUAGCGGCUAAAAGGAGCAUUGCCUACUGGCUGUAAGGCUGGUGCCUGCACCCUCAGGGCCUUCUCAGAACCCCAUGAUGACAGGCACUCGGCUCUGUAGCUGGACCCUCCUGCUCUGUACAUAGACUGUGACUUUUCUAAUAAAGUAUAUAGCGGGCCCCACGA